AUAUCACCAAGUCUCCUACAUCAAAUAAAGCUCUAGCCUCUAGCUUUUUUCCUCUGCCUCAUAAAUCUCCGAGAGAUUCACAUUUCUCAGAUACACAAACAAACAGUGAAAAAUCAUGGAAGCAGCAGCAGCAGCAAACAUCAACGAAGCGCAAAUCGAAACCCUAGACCCUCCUCUUCCUCCUCCACCGGAAACCCUAGAAUCCUCUUACUAUCACCAAAACCAACCACAACCACCUCCUCCUCACUCCGAAACCCUAAUCCCAGAUCAAAACCCUUGCAACGAUUUUCCCCAAAAUACCCUCGACGACAAUAAUAAUUCCUCUUUUCCCACCAACAAACCCUUGCUCUCCGAAAACGGCGGCUUGACCAACAACACCCACAGCGGCACCGGCACCACCGACAAGGAUUGUUCCGGCGGCGAAGAGGAAACCACAAGCCGACGUAGUCGCCGCCGCAGCCGAUGGGAUCCGCAGCCCGAUUCUAACAACAAUAACAGCAUCGUUGUCUACGGCGUCGAUAGCAGCAACCAGAAUGGCAACGGCAGUGGCGAAUCGGGCAGCGGGCCGCGGAAGAGGAAGUCUCGAUGGGCCGACGAUGAGCCCAAGCCCCUGCCGACUUCGCUGCCGAUUCAGCUCCCUGAUUUCAUGAAAGAACUCACUGGAGGUAUUGAAUUUGAUCCUGAAAUUCAAGCUUUGAAUAGUAGGCUUUUAGAGAUUAGUCGAAUGUUAUCGUCUGGUUUGCCUUUAGAUGAUAGACCUGAAGGGGCUCGAUCUCCUUCACCCGAACCGAUUUAUGAUAAUAUGGGAAUUAGGAUUAACACUAGGGAGUAUCGUGCUCGAGAGAGAUUGAACCGAGAGAGGACUGAGAUUAUUUCCCAGAUUAUUAAACGUAACCCGGCUUUUAAGCCGCCUGCGGAUUAUAGGCCACCCAAGCUUCAGAAGAAGCUUUAUAUACCGAUGAAGGAGUACCCGGGUUAUAAUUUCAUCGGGCUUAUUAUCGGGCCAAGAGGGAAUACCCAGAAGAGGAUGGAGAGGGAGACGGGUGCUAAGAUUGUGAUCCGAGGUAAAGGGUCAGUGAAGGAGGGUAGGUUGCAGCAGAAGAGGGAUUUGAAGCCUGAUCCUUCUGAAAACGAGGAUUUGCAUGUGUUGGUUGAGGCGGAUACGCAGGAUGCACUUGAUGCUGCAGCGGGGAUGGUGGAGAAGCUGUUGCAGCCGGUGGAUGAGGUGUUGAAUGAGCAUAAGAGGCAGCAGCUUAGGGAGCUGGCAGCAUUGAACGGGACAAUAAGGGAUGAAGAGUAUUGUAGGUUGUGUGGUGAACCCGGGCAUCGGCAGUAUGCGUGCCCUUCGCGUACUUCGACUUUUAAGAGUGAUGUGUUGUGUAAGAUAUGUGGUGAUGGUGGGCAUCCGACUAUUGAUUGUCCAGUGAAAGGGACUACUGGGAAGAAGAUGGAUGAUGAGUAUCAGAACUUUUUGGCAGAGUUAGGAGGUUCAGUUCCUGAGUCAUCAACCAAACAAAGCACUAUGUUGGCACUUGGUUCUGGAACUAGUAAUUCGGAAAGCAAUCCUCCUUGGGCUAAUAAUACUAGGAAUGCUGUUAGUACAUCACAUGCUGGAUUAGGGGCAACUGUGGUCAAACCCACGAAGGAAAUUGAUGAUACAAACUUGUAUAUUGGGUACUUGCCACCUACUCUUGACGAUGAUGGUUUGAUCAGUUUGUUUUCACCUUUUGGUGAUAUUGUGAUGGCUAAGGUUAUCAAGGACAGGGUUACUGGACUGAGCAAAGGGUAUGGUUUUGUGAAGUAUGGAGAUAUUCAAAUGGCCAAUAAUGCCAUUGCAAGCAUGAAUGGUUAUCGGCUAGAGGGGCGGACUAUUGCGGUGAGAGUUGCCGGUAGGCCUCCUCAGCCUGUUGUGCCUCCCGGCCCACCAGCCUCAGCAAUGCCCACAUAUCCUGUUUCAAGCCAGCCCCUCGGUGCCUAUCCAUCUCAACAAUUUGCAGCAGGUGGCCCUCUUGGGAAUGCGCCACCUCCAAGUUACGGGGGCACUCCAGUUCCAUGGGGACCUCCUGUUCCUCCUCACUAUUCUCCUUAUGCACCUCCUCCCCCUGGUUCAACCAUGUAUCCUCCUGUCCAGGGUCAACCUAUGCCACCUUAUGGUGUACAGUAUCCUCCGCCUGUGCAGCCAGUUCCCCCUGGUGCCCCUUCUCAGCCUCCAACUUCAAGUGAAGCACAACAAAGUUACCCUCUUGGAGUGCAAACUGAAAACAGUACUUCUGCUCAAUCUAUACCAACCAAUAUGUAUGGGAACUCUAUGGCUGCAGCGCCACAACCUACAUAUCCCACAUCUUCAUAUGGCUAUCCAUCUUAUUACAGUGCAGUUCCACCGCCACCUCCGCCUCCUGCAUCUGUUCCUGGCUCAACUGCUGAUCAAUCACAGAGCAUUGGAAAUGUUCCUUGGGCCACAAAUCCACAGGUUCCUCCUCCUGGUUCUUCUGCAGAGAAGACAAACUAUGGUGCAGAUGCAGAGUAUGAGAAGUUCAUGUCAGAGAUGAAAUAAUUUGGGUUCUUUUGUUACCAACAAGUUGAUAGGCUGAUGUUUCAUGGAGAUGUGUCAACCUGAUUUCUUUCCUCUUGCCAUGAUUUUGUUGGAAGUUGGGACUCACAUCUUUAACCUUGCUGUGCUGUUAUGACAUUUGCAGAGACUUGGAGUAGUUCAGCUUGUAGAGUCUUGUAUUGGAGAAGCCACUUAUAUGAUUAUUAUUAUGAAUCUCUGGGUGCUCUUGUAGGACUUAAAAUUCUUUUGUUGCUUGCUUGUUACCUUUUACAGAGUGUCUGUCUCCUAAUGUUUUCUUUCUAUCAGUUAUCUGAACUUUUUUCCAAUAUUAUGUUACUGACGUUUUAUGUUACAUCUCAUUCGACCUUUUUGGGUUGCUAA